AUGUCGGGACUUACCGUCGACAUGAAAUCGACACUUCUGCCCAAGUCACCAAACUUUGUGAGGUUACAACAAAUCGUGUCGGCUAAUGCAACGCGGCAAUACUCAUUCGAGAAGCUUCCUGCUGCUUCGCAGUUUGAAAUCAAAAUCUCAAAAGAAUUGGAUGUUGUUACCGGUGACACGUUGAUCGUGUGGACUCAUCCGGCACCAUUCGCCCAGUCCAAAACCUUGCAGUUUGGUCCGUUUCAACUGAUCAAGCGAUCGAAUACUACAGCAAUUGUUCGUUUUCCAACUGUUCAGGGAUAUUCUGACGGUCCAUUGAAUGGCUUCUACCUGGUUGUUUCCUCGCUGCUCACAAACUCUUCUACGGUCUCGCAAAUGCAACUGUCAGCUGUCCUUUCCACAUCGUCACUGCCACCGAAUUCGGUGAUAGCAUAUCAUUCGAACGUUUGGCCAUCGGACCCAAUCAUUCUGGGUUCAGGUUCCAAUAAGCCAGACAGCAUGAUUGCAUCAACCUCAUUGUUCCUGCCGUAUUCAGAUCCGCCGUUGGAAAUCAACAAAACGUAUGUGAUCACGGCUGUUGUUCAGAGUAUUGCGGAUAAUUGGGUAGAAGAGGCCGCCGCCGGACUGCUUGUCCUGACCAAACCCGACACCAUCGCACCAACAGUAGGCUACAUUACUCAGCCCAACACUACGAGCUCUGUUGUUGCCGGAGUUUUGAGCGCGCUUUUCAUAUUCCUCAUCAUUGCCAUUCUUCUCUUCUUUUUGUACUAUCGUGGUUGGUGGAAAUAUGGACGAAAGGUGAGUUCAACUUAUGUGCUUUGUGUCACACUUCUUCAACUGUCACACGGGAAAGCGUGUGAUUAUCUAUCUAUCUAUCUAGAGGUGAAAUGGGAGGAGGCUGCGAAAAAAAGAUGGAGUUUACGGUAUAUAUAUAUAUAUAUAUACCGUAAACUCCAUCUUUUUUCGCAGCCUCCUCCCAUUUCACCGCUACCUCCCAACACUCUAUCUCUCUCGGGUCCUUCAGACGAUCGUACUAACAGUAAUGCUUCGAGUGGAACUUCUGCCGCUCCUAGCUCCAGUCCUACCUCGACUAGCAUCCAAGUCUCACCGAAUCCUCUAUCAGCUAAAGCCCUUUGUCACUCUCGAUGUUCUUUCAAACUAGCCACAUUUAAUAUGUGUACUGUGAUGCAUGUAGGACAGCGGGCGUGUUUAGUUCGUACGCUCGAAAUCCUAGCCGUUUGA